AAAGCAGAGAUCGUGAGCAUAGUGUAAAAAACGAAAGAAGUUUCUAGAAGAGAGAAAAUGGCAAACCCUAAAGUUUUCUUCGACCUUACCAUCGGAGGUCAAGCUGCCGGCCGUGUAGUAAUGGAGUUGUUCAAUGAUGCAACUCCUAAAACAGCGGAAAAUUUCCGAGCACUCUGUACGGGAGAGAAAGGCGUAGGGAAGGCCGGCAAGCCGUUACACUACAAAGGAUCAAGUUUCCACCGUGUGAUCCCAGGAUUUAUGUGCCAAGGAGGUGAUUUCACUGCCGGAAACGGUACCGGUGGUGAAUCAAUCUACGGCUCCAAAUUCGCAGACGAGAAUUUCGUCAAAAAGCAUACUGGUCCUGGAAUCCUCUCCAUGGCUAAUGCCGGACCUGGAACUAACGGAUCACAGUUUUUCAUCUGUACGGCGAAGACUGAGUGGCUUGAUGGAAAACACGUUGUGUUUGGGCAAGUGGUUGAAGGCAUGGACGUGAUUAAGAAAGCGGAGGCCGUUGGAUCUAGCUCCGGUAAGUGCUCGAAAGCAGUUGUGGUGGCUGAUUGUGGCCAACUUUCCUAGAUCUGAAGAUGAUCGUAGGCAUAAUGAUGAUCUAGUCUAGUUAAUUACUCCUGUCGUUACUAUUUAUGUUUUGUGUCGUUUUGUUUUUCCUUUUGUAGGCUUACUUCUUUAUACUGUAAUAGGUAGUUUUUACUACUACCGGUGCAUGUUGAAUUUUGAAAUAAGAUAGAUUUCUCGGUUUAUUUUCAGCGAUUU